AUGCCGCUCGAGUAUCAUAGACAAGCCUUUCGUGUUAUAAGAAUCUUACAAUCAGGUGUCAUCCAUGUCCUCGUUAGGAAAUCGAGAAGACGGUUCUCGAUUCAUAGAGCUUUAGAAAGCCCCUUCCCGGACAGUGCCCUUCAGCCGUCUAUACUUCAAAAUAUUAAUAAAGUUAUCUUUGCUCGUUGCUGUAAAUUCGUAUACUCUGGCGAUUACCUUAUCUCACCCUCUACGAACCCGUCGGGAACUCUACGAUCGGAAGUCGCAGAAGUCCCGAUUAUUGAUCAUCAGCAUAGCUGUACGAAUGUGAUUUUGAGCCACGCCGAGAUUCAUAAUUUCGCCUAUAAAACAGGUUGGACCUCACUAUGUGCCUUGUCGUUAUAUCGGCUGAUUCAAUGUCUCGAUAAUUUUAAACUAUUCCACGAACGAAAAGGGGAAAUUGUGGAACUUCUGCGAGUUUGCUUCGAGUAA